GUGCGUCCUGGGCCGGCCGCUGAUGAAGGAAGACACGGUGUCCCCGGAGCCCCUGAGCUGAAAGGGGCCGCAGAGGGGCGGCAUGGGCCCCGAGCUGCCCACACCUUGGCUGCUGCUCUUCACCUGGCUCCCAGCAGGGUGUGUGUCCUUGCUGGUGACGGUCCAGCACACAGAGCGCUAUGUCACCCUGUUUGCCUCCGUCGUCCUCAAGUGUGACUACACCACCUCUGCCCAGCUCCAGGAUGUGGUGGUGACAUGGCGCUUCAAGUCCUUCUGCAAGGACCCCAUCUUUGAUUACUACUCUGCAUCAUACCAGGCGGCUUUAUCCCUGGGCCAGGACCCAUCCAACGACUGCAAUGACAGCCAGCGGGAGGUUCGCAUCGUGGCCCAGAGGCGGGGGCAGAAUGAGCCUGUGCUGGGGGUGGAUUACCGGCAGCGCAAGAUCACCAUCCAGAACCGAGCAGAUCUUGUGAUUAAUGAAGUGAUGUGGUGGGACCAUGGAGUAUAUUAUUGCACCAUUGAGGCUCCAGGGGACACGUCAGGAGACCCAGAUAAGGAAGUGAAGCUCAUUGUCCUGCACUGGCUGACGGUGAUCUUCAUCAUCCUGGGAGCCCUCCUCCUGCUGCUGCUGAUUGGGGUGUGCUGGUGCCAGUGCUGCCCUCAAUAUUGCUGCUGCUACAUCCGCUGCCCCUGCUGUCCCACCCGCUGCUGCUGCCCCGAGGAAGCCCUGGCCCGCCACCGCUACAUGAAGCAGGCUCAGGCGCUAGGCCCUCAGAUGGUGGAAAAACCCCUGUACUGGGGGGCGGACAGGAGCUCCCCGUUUUCAUCUUAUCCAAUGAACGCACUGCUGCAGCGAGAUUUGUCCCUGCGAUCCAGCCUCCCAGAGAUGCCGAUGACCCAGACCACUGCUCGCCCUCCCAUCACCAAUGGUGUCCUAGAGUAUUUGGAGAAAGAGCUGCGGAACCUCAACCCAGCCCAGCCUCUGCCCCAUGACCUCCAAGCCAGAUCUGGCCAUCCUUGCAGCAUGCUGUCCUCCCUGGGGUCUGAGGUCGUGGAACGCAGAAUCAUCCACCUGCCUCCGCUCAUCAGAGACCUGCCAUCUUCGCGGAGGACCAGCAACUCCUCCCGCCAGCAGUGGCUCCCCUCGCCUUCCCCUGGACCCUGGGAUCUGAGAGGGGGGAGGAGGCAGCACCACUACUCUGAUUUCCACCGGGAGUUUCAGGACCGGGAGCCCAAGCGCUGGGCGUUGGAGCAAAGGGAGCUGGACCAGCCGCGGCGUGGAAGGCACCGCGGCUCCAGGCGGCGCGGGUCACCCACGCCCUGGUUGGACAGGGACAGCCUCAGCGACGGCUCCUUGUCCAGUGAGGCCCGCUGGCGGCCCAACCGCCCCCCUCUCCGGAGCCGCUACCUAGAGAGAGCCCGCAGGCCCAGCCCUCGGGGGAGCGCCCAGGGGCACCCAAGGCGCAGGAACCGCAGCUACUCCCCGCCCCCGCCCUCGGGCCUCAGUUCUUGGAGCUGGAGCUCGGAGGAGGAGGAGAAGGCGAGGCAGCCCCGGAACCGGGGGGCCCGCCGCCGCCGCUCGCGAUCGCCAAACUGGCCUGAAGAGAAGCCACCCAGCUACCGCUCACUGGAUGUCUCCCCAGGCAAGGAUGGCAGGAAAAAGGGGAGUGUGGAGAGGCGCUCGGAAAGAGAGAGCUCCCAUAGUGGAAGGAGUGUGGUCAUUUAGUCACUGAACACAGCACUACUUCUGUGGCUGCUUCUCAGCUCCCGAGUGUCAUCAGCAUCACCGAGAUGUCCAGCUGACUUGGGAGGGACUUUCCAGCUGACUUGAGAGUUUGUAUCUAACCAUAAGUUUGUAGCUAAUGGUUUUGGGUUAGAUUCUGAGAAUCAAAUAGAAUUUUUUUUAAAAGUUUGAGGAAUUAAUGGCUCUAGUUUUAUCCUUGGUUCACACUCUGCAUAUUUAGAUAGUCUCUGACUUGUAAUGAACCCUAACUGGGAUGUGAUCCCUCAGGAACUUAGUAGCCUGGGUCUUCAACUGUGUUACACUGCUCAGAACCAUGGCCAUUCUCAAAGUGAGGAAUCUUUAAGAGGAAAUCUAUGGAGUAUGACAGGGAGAUUUCCAUGGAAACUUGUCUCUCCCUAUAGCAUAUCUAGAGGAUCCUUCCAUGUUAUGAGUCUACCGUCCCCAAGACUGGUCCUGAGUUCCUCUGAGGGUCCACCCAGAGAUGGCGCAGGAAAUAACUCCAGCCAUGUGCCCUCUCAUGGGCUACUUCUUGUAAGUGUAGAAAGUCACAGAGGGGCAGUUUUGUACCAGUCUUAUUCCUGUCCUUUGUUUUCCUCUUUUUUCCCCCCUACAUCUAAUUUAUAUGUUCUUAUAUAGUAUUUAUCCAUUAAAACCAUUUUAAAUGCUUCUUGGGAACAACAGUCAUUAAAUUGUACACUUAUAAGGAAUGAAUCCUAUGAUACGGCUACUAUACCACAGUAAAAAUCUGAAGUAUAGUAGAUGAACACCAUUCCAAAAUUUUUUCUCUGCAUAUAUAGUGAUAAAAAUCCUUUUAAAAUGUGUUCAAAUGAAUUCUAAUUUUAAUUGAAAACUUUUUUCUUUAACAGAAGACAAGAAAUUGAAGUGAAAGAAACUAGAGGUUUUGUUAAAGUCUUUCAUUUCCAGGAUUUUUUUUAAAGAGCCCCCCUCCCCACCUCAGAUUAUGAAAAAAGAUAAAGGAAAAUGGUGCACAGUUGGCAUCACUGUGCUUUAAAAUCCCAGGUUUCAAAUGGACUUCUUGGUGUAAAUACGAGAAUGCUAGCAACUCUCAUAUUUCCUCUAAUCUCUCUGCUCCUCACCUCCCAAUUUAGUUUUGUCAAAAUAAAGUUCCCAGUUACAUUUAAUUUAGAAAACCUGAAAAAGAAAUAAUUUUUAUUCAGGAUAUUUUCCAACUUCUGCAGAAGGAUGACCAUAUUAAAUCAAAAGCUGUUCUGGUCUUUUAUAAUUCUGUAGAGAUAAAUGCUGCACUUCUGUUGGGGUGUGUCUUGGGCAGAGUUCUUAAAGUUCAUUUUAAGUUCCAAAAUAUCAAGACAGGAACUAGUCAGGUGUUUGGACUUUUCAUUAUCUCAAACAUAUUUCAUAAUUCUUGACAAAGAUUUACAUUUCAGAUUAAUCAUUAGACAGUUUGACAGCACAAGAGUCUUCAUUUCCUUACCUUGAAUAGCAGGAAAAUACAGGAGAGAAAUCGUAGGUAAGAUAGGGCGUAGUCAGGUUUUAUAUUACUGGAGACCUCAUCUGAACCUGAAUUAGUAAAUACAACCUUCCUUUCAAUACUCAGGUCAUAAAUAAUAUAUCGUUCCCUCUAGAAUCUAUUAGCAGAAAAAAAGUGAUUUACAACAUAGUGUCUGAAUUUAAAAAGUACUUUUAGGACCUGUUAUUGAUCUUGUUUAGUUUCCUUUUAAGUUAAAGUUGACGAUGCCUUUCUUAAACAGAGGCUCAAAUUUUGGUUUACGUAUUUCAUCCCUUAUAGAUGAGAUAUAUUAUUCUAUCUUCAUAUACAUAAGUAUUAUUUUACCAAAGUUUGUAUUUAUAACCUGCUUUACAGUCAUCUUUCUCAUAAUUAGUAUUUGUUUUAUAUUUAGCACAGCUUCUGCAUCCCCGAGUUCUUUAUUUUUAUUCAUCUUUUCUUAUCUGGAUUUCAUCACACACAGCUUUUGCAAGAGGUUCUCUCAUAAAGGCAAUCUUCCUUAAGUUCAUUCAUGUUUAUGAAAGCUGUCAGUGACCCUAAGAAUUCUAUCAAAUUUUGGUAUAAUUUUUUUCUUUAGAAUAUUGUACCAACUGCUCCAUUAUCUUUUGGUAUUGAAUGCUGCUGUGGAAAAACGUGAGGACAGUCUACGGGGAUUUUUUUUUUCUUUGUAGAUCAGUGGCUCUUAAAGUAUGGUCCCUGGAUCAGCAGCAUUAAUAUUACCUGGGAAUUCAUUAAAAUGAAAAUUUUCAGUCCCCACUUUGUAGCUACUGAAUUAGAAACUUGGAGCAUAGAAUCCAGUAAUCUGGUUUAACAAACCAUUCAGGUGUUUCUCAUGCAUGCUAAAGUUCACAAACUUAUUAAAUAUUUACUUUUUCUGUCUGAACACCUGAAGAUUUCUUACUUUGAAAUUUAAUAGCCUAAUCCAGGAUAUCUUACAAUUGAGAGUUCUCUAUCAAAAUUUCCUGGAUUCAUCUUUCAGUGUGCGCUGAUUGGUCAUGGACACGUAGUAAACAAAUUAAUCAUUUGGCUCUUAUGACUCUGGAUGGCCAUACAGCUCAAGAUAGUUUUAAUUUAUGCCUGCCUGUUGUCCCAGGAUACUUAUUACUAGUGUCUCCUUUUACUCUCAGAACUGCCCUAGUUUGGAUGAUAGACUGCAUGGUCACCCCAUUUAUGACCAUUGAGUCCAGUGGCUUGCAAAAUACGUAUGACUGAUCAAGAUGCUGUGUGGACUCUGUGGAAGCCCUGAUGGGAGAUGCAGAGUAAAGGCCCAGAGGAUUUUGGAGCAAAAUCAUGCCUAUUUUGAAAAUUAUCCUUAUUUUGAGAGGUGGCUCUUGGCUUGCUAUUGGGCUGUGGUAGAGACUGAACACUCACUUGGCUGUAGAAUACCAGCUGCCCAACAUGAUCUACCAAGCCAUAGGGUCAGGCAUGCCUAGCAACACUCUUUCAUCAUGUGGUAUAUUUGGGACUGGGCUUGAGCCAAUGUAAACUGGAUGAGCAGGUGGCUCUCACUCCUGGUGUGCUACUCCAGUUGCAUUGCCAUCCUGCCCUCAUUUUAUGCUUAAGCCACAUGAAGUGCUCUCUAUGGCCAGUUGACUGAAAAAGAAAAAAAUCAGAGCCUAGUUUAUAGACGGUUUUUCAUGACAACUGGAGAUGACUUCUGCAAUGCAGCAGCCCCACAAGGAGUGGCUCUUUAGUAAAAGAACAGGGAAUUCCAUCCGGUGGGCAGAAUUUUAAACAGGACGACUUACUGUCCAUUUUGCCCACAGGAAAGCUGGCCUGUGGAGCAGCUCUAGACUAAUACAUGUAUAGGGACUACUGAUUUGGCAGGACAGCUAGGACCAUGAAAGGAAUAAGCUAUGAGGAUUGGUAACAAGUUGGUCUUGGGAAAGAGGUAUGUGAAGGGAUCUCUCAGAGUGAACUUGGAGUGUGAGAAUGUGUGUGUCCUGUGUAAAUGCUCACCAAAAGGCCUUUACUUCAGAGUUUUUCUUUACCCAGGUAAGCAUGAUGACCCUCCUAAUUUCAGUGCUAGGGACCCUAUGAUCAAUUAUUCAGUGCCAAAUAUUCCUGUGGGUCAAACCAUUAUGAUUACCCACACCGGUCCUUCUUAUUAAAGUAACCAGCCCAAGUUGUCUCUGGUAAUUUGGUGCUACUUAUCUCUGCCAACCCAAGAUGUCAUCAUCCUUAUUGAAAUAAUAGAACCUAUUUCAAUAUCAGUAUUUUCCACCUUCAUCUCUGACCUAUAGAAGACAGCCACUGUGGUGCUUUUCAAAUAUGCUGGUACUACCUUCAUUAAUGCAUUUCUCAAUGUUCUUCUGACAGCUAUGUCCUCAAACUGGGACGGCUUGAGUGGCUAAUACAUAACAAGUCCACUUUGACAUUGUCAUCUCCCUAAGUCUUUCUGUUCCUUCUUUUAUAAGAGAUUUCUGGCAUUUCAACUAAUCAUAGGCCAGAAGUGAAUCCAAUUUUCAGUCUACAAAAGAUAAAAUAAUUAGAAUUCUACCAACUGCAUGUGAUAGCACACUGAAUCCAGAAUCUCUGGUAAGUGCAACUAUGUAAUAAUGUCAGCCUAACUGAAAUGAUUUUCCUCCAUUUCUGGUGUAGUUCCUUCAUAAUUUGGUUCCAUGUACAUUCCUCCAGGUUUUUGCUGAUAAACAUUAGUGCAGUUUAGUAACUUGUUUAUCAUGCAAGCCUUUUGCUCCCAAAUUUGACUUGGUAAUUGGUCCCACAGGCAUUUCAGGAUCUUCCUCUGGCCGCAGAUGUGGAGGCAAUGAAGGGGAGUUGGGUAGGGCAUGAAGAGAAUUGGCACUCACUUGCCCGGUAAUUACCUCAAGUAGGGUCAUUACAGGGUCUUCAAGCAAGGGAGGAUCACCAUCAAUCAGGAGUGAGGGGCUGCUCUGCUGGCAACAGAGGCUCUCAGUGUUUGCAGUUAACAGAUUCCUAGAGUCAUCUGAAUUCUUCUAGGAUAACCGUUCCAAUUCCUGGGUCCCCUGUGUUCCUGACAGCCUGUCCCCUUUUCUUUCUCACUGUUCCCUUGUCUGUUUUUGUCUCUUCCUGUUGUUGCUCUUUUUGUCUCGCUUACAAGCUGUGUGCCUUCAUACUUCAGCUUUUCUCUCUGUAUUUGCUCAUCUGUCCUCUCAGCUGACCACCUUCUUUUACAUGAUUCUAAUCUCACCCCUGUGUAACUUUUGCUUACACAAAACUAGCUAUGCUGCCAACACCCCUGCCCCGCAACAACCUACACAUCCUUCAAUUUGAGUGCCCUACACCAUCUGACUGGCUCUCUGAACCUUUGACUCAAUUCUAAACUCUUGAGAGAUUCUGAUGAGCCCUACUUGGGCUGAUGCUCCACCCUUGGUCCCAUCUCCAAAGAUGGCAGAGUCACUUAAUACCUAGGGUUUCCCUUCCUCUGGGUCGUGGCUGGUGAGGUUCUGUAAGAGAGGUUUGGGCUGGGAGGAUUCUGUGGAGGAUGUGAAAGAAAUAUGAUGCU